UGUACUGGCUGUGAGAAUCUCGUCUGGCUGGAUCUGUAAACACGUCUUCUGCAAAGAACAUGGCGAAUGAAAAGACAGGUUUUGAUGUGAGGGAUCAAUUAAUCGUUAGAAUGGCAGCAUUAGGACGUCACUUUCGAGUGGGCGAUCUGUACAACAGCCGUAACGACACCAUCAUACCAGGGCUGGAACAGGACUCGAUCCAUUCGAAACUUACCACUCAAAUCCUUGGCAAAUUUCAAGUGCAUUCGUUUCGCUCUGAACUGUCCUACAAGAAGUGGCAACGUUUGGAUAUCGAUGAACAUCUAAGAGUCAGCAUUCUUGCUGGAAUCAUUGACGAGUUCUCGGGUUCCAGCAAGUACGUAACAGACCGAAGCAAACCGGGGCAAGCCUCUCGUACUGUUGUAUUGCGAAUGGAAUCCCACAAGGACUCUCGCAUUGUCGAUCGAAAGGACGUUGUAAAUUGUUGUGGAUUCAAACAAGCUACUCACUUUGUUGUGCAUGCCGUUUAUGGAGCACAGGCCUAUUGCGUUAUGACUCACGAUCUUGCCAACGUAGAAGAAGAAGAGGCUGAAGAAUUCUUGUCCAAGAUCACGUCCAAAAUGGAAAUCGCUUUGAGACAGACUCAAAAUGUGGACGUCUUUAUGGAACAGUUGGACGAUAGGGAAGGAGAACACUUGACUCGUGUUAAAUGCCGUCUCUACGAUGAUGUUCAAUCUCAUUCCGUUCGUGAGUAUUGCGUUUUUGAAGCUUACAAACAUUGCCUGCAUUUCAUUCGACAUACUCAAGAGCCCGAGUUCCAGAACAGCAAAGAAAAUACUAUCGCUGUUACACUGUGUCCUUUAAAACGUAUCCUAGCUGGAAAAGUUUGCGAAUAUCGAGUUCUAAACGCAGAUCUCUUGAUUCCAUACUCUUUACUCUCAGACAGUUUGAAUAGAAUCAUGGCAAUGGCGGACGCAGCUCGUACGACAAGUAACCGAACCCAUCGCAUUUCUUUACGUCAGUUCCAUGAUGCUGUUGCCAGAUAUCAGGAAAAGCUCCAGCAAAGCCUGAAAGAUGAAAUUCUCAAGGGCCGAGAAAAUGCCAAUCACAACGAUCAAGAAAUUAAACGGAUCGUUCAAAACGCACAGAGUCAUCCGCUUUUCAAACCGUCUCGUCUGGAACAAUGGCUUUGUUUCAAACAAUCAGAGUCGGAUAUGAUUGAGAAGAUGGCCAACAUGAAAGACAUCGUCUUCUUUGCCGAUAGAACUCAAUUGGAAAGAGAAUUAGCCAACACCUUCGUUAAACACUUUGCUCUCGUGUUAAGAAUCCCGCCCGUUGACGUUGAAUCAAACGCGAUGCUGGAAGCGAUGCGAGAUGACCUGGAACUGGACGAAGCCAACGAAGACGGCCUACCGUGGCAUAUGAUUCAACGUGAACGUAAGCGUGUGCUGGACACCAUACGUGAAUUCGCCAAUCACGUUGAGAAGAACAAACAACUUGGAGAUCAACUGCAGUUCUUUCUAACAUUCAGCGAUGCUGGCCAAGAUGAUUGCUAUUACUCAGUUUACGAAGCUGAUAACUUAAUUAAGGACAAUCUGAUGGCCUUACCUCAUUCACCCACCGACCUCCGAAUUAAUUAUCUUUCAAAAGAUAAUGCCAUCGAUCUGAAAUCGUCUGUAAUUCGAGUGAUAUGGAACUAUCAAGAUGCAGGUUAUCCACAUCAUUUCGUAGUUGAAUACAGAGCGAAAGGAAGUUGUGAUAAAUCGUGGAUGCAGCGGAAGACGACAUGUCCGGGCGAGAAUCAAACGAUGAUCAGCUUCCCCACGGGAUCGGCUAUCGAAAUUCGUGUAGCUGCCGAUACUUGCAUCGGCCGCAGUGAUUUCACGAACAUGAUCGACACUGGAUCUGUUUGUAAAAACGAUUUGCAUACAGAUGGAGAAGACGCAGUUUUGAACAGUUCCUCGUACGCCAAGCUGCUCUUGUCUAUCCACUCACGAUGUCAUCCGCAAUCCGACCAUCGAAGAAUAGCCGAAACAUUUGCGCUGGAGAACAGCAUUUUAAUCCAUCGAGGUCAUCCAAACAUCCACCUGUUGAACGUCAAACAGAAUUCGAUCGACAGCGAUUUCCGAUGGGUGGACGUCGGCCGUUCCAUUUCCACGCCUUACAACCGCCGUGAUCACAAGAUCAUUAUGCUGAUGGGCGCUACGGGUAGCGGGAAAAGCACUUUAAUCGACGCCAUGGUCAACUACAUUUUAGGCGUCCGGUGGAACGAUCCGUUCCGUUUCAAAUGCGUUCGCGAAACGCACAGCCAAACGAGUUGCGUGACGGCCUACACCGUCCGCCAUCAAGACGGGAUGUGCAUUCCGUAUUCGAUCACGAUCAUCGACACGCCCGGAUACGUCUACAAAGACACUGGUAAAUCAAACCACUCCAGGAAAAUUGAACGCUUCUUAACGCGUCAGAACAUUCGAAUCGAUCAGAUCCACGCCGUUUGUUUGGUGGCCGCUUCCAACGAUGUCGAAUCGACCAUGAUGCAGCCCUCCAUCCUCGAUUCGGUUCUCUCUUUAUUCGGCAAGGAGGUCAAGGAUAACAUCCGGCUGUUCAUCACGUUCGCGGACAUGGCCUGUCCACCCGUUGUAGACAGCGGUGCACCGUUCGCCGUUACAUCGUCAGGUUUAACUUACAAUCAAUUCGAUAAUUCUGUUCUAUUCGCAUCGAACGAAGAUGAAAUCUCUUUCGAUCAGCUCUUUUGGCGGAUGGAUCAAGAGAACUUCCGCUCAUUUUUCGCGCAUUUAGAGAAGAUGAAUGCAAGGGAUUUGGGCUCUACUCGGGACGUCAUUCAGCGGCGUUUGAUGCUCGAUCAAUCGCUUCGAGAGAUCGAACGCGGACUGGAAGUGUAUCUGGUCCAUGUUGAGAACGUUCACAUGUUCCACAGGAAAAUCAAAGAAUACGGCGAUAAGAUGGAAGCCAACAAGCAUUUCACGGUGGAACGAUCGGAUGUGCGUCAAGUGAAGGUGAAAUGUAAUCGUGGGUACGUUUCGUAUAAUUGCCAACGUUGCCGGAGGACAUGCGAUGGACCGAUGCGAUCAUUUCGUUUUGAUUACAUUCGCGGAAUCAAGAAGCAAUGCUCCCACGUUUCUUGCCCCUGCCCGGCAGCGGAGCACGAUUAUCAAUCGUUCCAUUGGCGUCACGUAGCGCAGAACGUGGUCACAACUCACGAACAAAUGAAGGCCGAAUACGAGUCGAAUUAUAAUGACAAACUGACGACCGAACAGCUGUUGGAGCAUUGCCAAAACGAGUUGAAGAUGACCAAAGCCAAAUUGUUCUGUCUCUUAGCUCGGGUCGGUUCAAGUUGCCUGUUGCUGGAGGCGACAGCCCUACGUGCCAACACGCUCAGUCUUGCCGACUACCUGAGUUUGAUGAGGAGCCGAGUGGCCGAAGAACUGGCGCCCGGCUACGUGACCCGCUUGGAGAUUUUGAACGAGCUACAGCAAAGCCUGGCCGGCGAUGUCCAGCCGAUUGACAAGAGCCCACUCAUUUGCGACCAAACGGGCUGUGAGUCACCUUACCAGUUGAAGUUUGUCGACACAUUUGCCAACAACUCUUUCGCUAUUGGUGAAUGUUAGUUUUGUUCUUUAUAAUAUUUAUGUUUGUGUUUUUGGAUGCUGUUAUUUCCUUUCCCCUCCUCCCCCCCAUGGCUGUAUUUUAUGCUGGUUGUUUGAUUAUA